AUGUUAGAAAAAAAGUUUGCUGACAUUGACAAGAAAUUUGAGAAUGUUUUAAACAAGAACAAGAGGAAGUUAGAAAAUGCUCAGAUAAAGCCUAUACAUGACAAGUUCUUAUUUGCUCAGAAUGGUAUAACAGGUCUAAUCGCACCACCUGGGUCGGGCAAGACUUUCACUUAUCUUAAAAUGGCUGCACAACAACAAGAACUAGAUGAGAAGAACCCAUUCUAUGAGUUAGUUGUCAUUUGUAGUACUUCUGGUCAAUUUGACCAAACCGUCAAUUCGUUCAAAGAUAUUAUAAAGAAGUCUAAGUUAGUAUGUAUAAAAGACUCUGAGUUGUUAGAUUGGAUAAAGAAGUACCAAAGAAGAGUUUUGAAGUACAAUGCUAUAAAUGAGUAUGUCAAUUCUAAGUUUAAA